ACAGUAGGCUACAGUACAUUGGGUGCUCGUGUUCAAGGCGCCUGUUUCACUGAAUCGCUAUUGCAUUUCGUGUUGAAUUGGAAUAUAGCUAUAUAAAUGCAGCUAUAUUGCAAAUAUUUAAUAUGAUAAAAAAUCAAACGUCGACAUAUUAAUUUUAGCAAUAUGAAAGAUUAGAUGGUAAAGUGAUGUAAAAAUGAUUACGAUACCUAGCACUUCCAUACAUCUCCUGUAGUUGGUGUGAAGGUAUAAUUACGUCAUUCUCGGUAGAAACAAAGCCGCUUUCGUCCUUUUCAGCACCACAGUCAACUCAGACAGCGGACAGCUCCCGUUUUCCAAACUCGCGGACACCGGAGUCGGCAGAAAAAAUCAAUGGGGAAAAAAUAAAGUGGGCAUGAAGAGUUCUAGAGGCGACGCCGAUGAAACGGACUGCAUACUAAAAUCGUGGAAUGUUAUUUACAGAGAAUGUACAUGCACCUUGCAGCAAUGUAAUAAGGUGCACGUUAACUUUGCCUUCCCGUUUUUUUCAGUUUGAAGACUACUAGUUUUCAGCCGUAAGACGGGCGUCGGGAAAUGGGACAGUGCAUAAGGGUGGCUGCUUUCUGUUUAUAAAAAAAGAAUCAGAAUUAAGACCAGCAAUGGAUCCUAUGCCUGAAUACUCCCUCUUUCUUGUGAGGAUUUUGGAAGAACUGGACACAAAGUACAGUAGUGUUUCCUACCAAGACCUGUGCAGGUCUCUGUGUGCAAGAUUUGAUUUGGUCCACCUCGCCAAACUACGGAGUCUGCUCUUCUACACUGCCUGCCUGGACCCCAGCUUUCCUGCCACCUUGUUCAAAGACAAGAUGAGGUGUUCUAUGGAGGACCAGCAGUCAAAAAAACUUAUGGUGGCUGCGGAUAUAGUGACCAUGUUCAAUCUAAUCCAGAUGAAUGGGGGGAUAGCCAAAGAAAAGCUCCCAAUGGGAUACAGACCAAAAUUUCAUAAGAAUCAAUCUUUUGAGUCCUGUCGAUCUGACACUGACGUGUAUAAGUAUCCCGACUGUGAUAGGCCCUAUGAUUUCUUGGACACAAGAGGCCAUCCCACAUCACAUGCUGCUCCCUGCCCUAAAUCUGACUGCAACAGCUGUCAGCAGUUCAUUCCAACCUCUGACCCUAAUUUCCUCCUGGGAAUCAACAAGGAGAUCAAAUGCAGGGCAGCCUCACUUGACAAGCUCCAGCAUCUCCCGCAGUACUCCAGUGGCAGCCCUACUCCCUGCGAAAUGCAGAGCACCUACUUUCCCAUGGAUAUAGACAGCGAGUCGACCACGGAUCAGGACUCUUUGCAUAUAAAUUCCGGGAUAAAAGAGACGUUCAUCUCUAAUUCUGAACCGUUUACUGUGCACUCCUGUGUGCAGAAGAGAAAUAUUUUCAAAGAGGAUUUUCACAACCUGGUAGCUUUUGCUCCCCAUGUGAUCACCACAGACUCCAAACCCAGUGUUAAAGUGAGCGGAGGAUACUCCCGUAAGGAGACACACAAGCCCGCAACCUUCUUCAACCACAGUUUUGAGCUGCCAUACAGCAACCCAUACUUUGAGCCAAUCAACUCGCCCAUUCAGGAAAAAAGACGGGCAAAGCACGAAAGCCUGGAUGACCUCCAAGCAUCCACGUAUUUUGGCCCGACGACAGUAACGGAGUGUGUGAACACCAAAAGAACUUCAGGUAGGCAGGGCAGGCAGUCAGCCUGGCCCGUCAAGAGCUUGAGCUUAAACACUGAAGAGGGGCCUGAGUUUGAGAGGUCCUUCCUAAAUGGAAAGCAGACCAAAGACAAUCACCGUCACAAUGUCAGCAACAUGGACAGUGAGCCACAUUAUCAGUGUGCCAAAGAGAAGCCAUCUAUCUCCUCUCCAGCGUUUGCCAUUAAAACAAAUGUGCCCAAAACAAAAGAUACAGGCUCUAUGGUAGGUGGACCAGUCAUGGAUAAGCGAGAAGGCAUCAAAAGGUUCAAAGAAAAAAGUGUUAACUGCUCGUCUUUCCAUGUUGGAAGCAUAGACACCUCAUUCAGUGUGGGGACGCAAACUGACAAAUCUGAUCCGAAAAAGGUAAAAGAUUAUAACGGUCACAGUAAAUAUGGUGAGAGGCACAACUUUAAGCAUUCAGAUGAGGACUCUGAGAUUGUCAGUGAUGACAUUAGUGAUAUCUUUCGCUUCUUGGAUGACAUGAGCGUGUGCGAUUCCACUGUCAUUCAGUCCUCCUGCUACAACAGCAAUGGGUCUCUCUCUCAUGUGACAAAGUCUGAUGGAGACAGCUCACCAGAGCACAACACAAUCAAACUGGGCAAAUCCAGCAACCGACUGGAUAGACUGUUUCACUCCUUAGAGAACACAGACGAUGAACUCAAGAGCAGCAUGUGUAAGCUAGUCCUCCGGAUUGGGGAGAUUGAAAAGAAGCUCGAGUCCCUCUCUGGGGUGCGUGUUGAAAUCUCCCAGGUCCUCUCCAAGCUGAACAAGCUUGAUGAGAAGAUCCAGGAACCAGAGGCCAAUGGCAGACAGAGUGAGGCGGUGGAGGCGGAGGAGGCUCGGUCGGACAGCAGCAUCUCACCCCGCGUCUUCCAGUGCCACACCACUGGGCACCCUGCCAAAGUGGAUAACAGCCCGGAGUGGUGCUGCUCAGACGCCAGCGGAAGCAACAGCGAGAGCCUGCGGGUCAAAGCCCUGAAAAAGAGUUUGUUCACCAGGCGGUCCUCUCGAUCCCUGACUGAAGAGAACAGCGCUACGGAGUCGAAAAUCGCCAGCAUUUCCAACUCUCCCAGGGACUGGAGGGCUGUCACUUAUUCCAAACACCCUGGGGAAGAAGGGAAGGAAAAAGAACAUGACAGCAAGGAUAGACACAGGAAAUCCAAGGAGACAGACCGGCAGUAUGAAAUCCCUCAGGCCCACCGUCCUUCAAAGCCCCCAAAGGACUCCUACCUGAUUGAGCAGGUGUUCAGCCCGCACCCGUUCUCCCCGGCCGUCAAGGCCCACAUGAAGGGCAGCCCGCUCUACACAGACAUGAGGCUGACGGAACUGUCCGAGGGCAAACGGGGCCAGCCCUCCUGGACCAUCGAGGAGUACAAGCGUAACUCAGGGGACAAGAGCAAGCUCGCCGCACUGGACCUGCAGACACAGGAGUCAUUGAACCCCAACAACCUGGAGUACUGGAUGGAGGACAUCUACACGCCGGGCUACGAUUCGCUGCUGAAGCGCAAGGAGGCGGAGUUCAGGAGGGCCAAGGCGUGCAAGAUCGGAGCACUCAUUGCAGCAGCUGCCUGUACAGUGAUCCUUGUUAUCGUUGUCCCCAUUUGCACUAUGAAGUCAUGAAGCGUUACGAUGUUCCCGUUCUACCUAAGGUUGUAAGGUGCCACAGAUGGAUAUCUCAAAAUUAUUGUGGUACAUAGGAAUAAAUUUAUUAUGUUCAUUCUGGGUUGGGAGAAGCUGUGAUGUUGUUUUGUAUAUAUAGGGCUUAAUUUGCUUUAUUAUGCAUUGAUUAUUUUGUUUUGAUUAACAAAUUAAAUGUGACAAUGCGGGGUUGUGUAUAUAUUUAUCUUCUGAAUUAUUUAAUGUAUUUUAUUAUAUUAUUAUUAGGAAUUAUAGGAAAUAUUUUCUGUUUUCUAUAAAUUUACCACAAGUUGAUUGUUAACAGAAUAGAAAGAUCAAAAGGGUUUAUUUUUUGUUAUUUUAUAAAAGAAGUUUAUGGCCUUUUAAAAUUUUAGUAUGAUAAUAUACAUUUAUGAAUUUGAGUUAUUUUUUAAUACAUUUGCAGAUAGAAUGUGAGGGUGAAACGGACCAGGAUGUUCCCCUGUGAAUCAUAAUAUUUUCAAUGGGUUUGUGCAAUGUAUUUUCCUAAUAGGUAACAUAACACUGUAGUCUUAAAAAUAGCAUAACAUAGUUCAAAACAACAGUGUAUAAAAAGGUAAAAAUAAAAUCCAUCCACACACAUGCAGCAAUAUUGAAUGUAUGAAAAGCAGAAAUGCUGAAUUAUGAAAGACAAAAAAAGCAUUAAAUAGUAUUUUCAUAGUGUUGAUUAAUGCUGCUGUCCUUUGAUUCGUGCCGCAUAAUUAUUAGGCCAAAUAGGCAAAGAAGUUUAAAGUGCAUUUCUGUUUUGUCAAAGAAAGGUUUCAUCUUGUAAGGGUAAAUCCUGUCCAUUUAUAAAUACUUGAAUUUCUUCUUUAUCGUCAACUAGUACCACUCACUGGGGAGGGAAUGUUGUUUGGCUCUGUCAACAGUAUUGACUGCUCCAACCAACACUGAGGAAAACAAACAAGACCACUCUGCUGACCAUAAUGUAAUGUACCUCUAGUCUCCCGAGGGGCCUUGAAGGCACUGAAUGCAAACUGCCUGCAUCCAUGAACAUUCUGGCCACAUCAACCCUCAUUUUUUACAAACAGCAAGGAGCACACGACUGGAACAGCUGUCCUUGGAUGGCAACACCGAUAAAAAUGAGCAGACAAGCGUUUGAAUUCGAAACAUGCUUACUUGACGAUCGGGGACAGUUGGUCCGGUAGCCUUGUUUUUUUGAACUGUGAGCCGUGGCACACUGUAGAACUUUGUAAAUAAUUCAGGAUGCAAUCUCAUGAUGUAAACCCUGGUGUAACUGGAAUAGAUUAAUAAAAGCGCGCUGUUCUGAUG